GUUCUAUUACAUUCUAUAUUUACAAACAUUUGAAUGAGUUUAAUUAUGAUGGCAUGCUUGCUUUUGAUACAUUACUAUGUUGACUAAUCCCAACGAACCACUCACUCUCUCUCUUCUCCCUAACACUUGAUUACCAAACAUUGUGAUAUGAUACUACUCACUUCUCUUUCCUUGUUCUCUCUUUGUCUAUUUCUAACACAAGUUACAGAUACACCCUAUUCUCCUCUCUGAGGACUACUUGCAUACAAUAAAACUAAAAAACCACUCAACUUUUAGCUUCACAUGUUCAUAUAGUUCAAAAUUAUACAGCUUUUUCAAUUGUAAAGAUUUGUCUGCUUCGUAAGAUUAGAUCAGUAGCACCAAUAUUGUAUUUACAGAGUUCAGGUUUUGGAUGUGUACAUUUAUACAGUUGGAUAUUCCUGAGCCACUGUCAAAACGAUUGGCUUACCUAUUAAUUAAUUCCCAACUCCCAACAUGCUUUACCACCCAUGAGUGAAGGAACUGGCACAUGAGGCAGAAAAAUCCGAAGCUUAAUGUUGGUCAGUGAGAGUGUUCUGCAUCCACUGAAUGAACGUUUGAUUCAUUUCUUUACCUAUUCAACUCAGCUUUAAUGCUUGAAGUAACUUCCAAAUAUACUACUACUAGAAGUGACAACAUCAUCAUCAAUGAAUUGAAGAGCUUUCAGAUUUAUUUAUACAAAUCAAUGAGGUUGACAAUUGCAAAAUAAAUAAAAAUUUGAGUCUUCUGUAUAAUUGGUCGAGUGAACGUUUUUUCUCAUCGAUUUUGGUAUAGAAAAAACAAACAAAAAUGAAGUUCAUGAAACUUGGGACAAGGCAAGAUACUUUCUACACUGAACAAGCUACCAGGACAUUGACAUCAGAUAUACCCUCAGACCUUGUAAUACAAAUCAAUGAUGUUACUUAUCUGCUACACAAGCUGCAGUUCGCGCUUCUUCCGAAAUGUGGCCUCCUACAAAGGCUUUGCUGUGAUUCUAGUGAUUCGGAGAGUGUUACGCUUGAGCUUCAUGAUAUACCUGGAGGGGAGGAUGCUUUUGAACUCUGUGCAAAGUUUUGUUAUGGAAUUUCAAUCAACAUUAGUGCUCAUAACUUUGUAUCUGCAUUCUGUGCUGCAAAGUUCCUUAGAAUGAAUGACUCCAUUGAAAAAGGGAACUUUGUAGGAAAACUUGAAGCUUUCUUCAGUUCAUGCAUUCUUGAAAGUUGGAAGGAUCCUAUUGCGACGCUUCAGACUACUUCUACAUUACCAGAGUGGUCUGAGAAUCUUGGUAUUGUCAGAAAGUGCAUUGAUUCAAUCAUUGAGAAAGUUCUCACACCACCACAUCAGGUCAAAUGGUCCUUCACCUACACUAGGCCCGGUUACACGAAAAAACAGCACCAUUCUGUUCCUAAGGAUUGGUGGACUGAGGAUGUUUCUGAUCUUGACAUAGAUCUUUUCAGGUGCAUAAUCAUGGCUGUUAGAUCAACAUAUGUGCUUCCCCCGCAGCUUAUCGGUGAAGCUUUGCACGUCUACUCAUGCCGGUGGCUACCAGGCAUCACAAAGCUUAAAAGUUCAGGCACUUCAGCAUCUCAAACAGAUGAGUCUAAGCUGAAAAACAGAAAAAUUCUUGAAACAAUUGUAAGCAUGAUUCCUGCAGAUAGAGGGUCUGUUUCAGUUGGAUUCUUGUUUAGACUUCUCAGCAUUUCGAUUCAUUUAGGUGCUUCUUCGGUUAUAAAGACAGAACUAAUAAGGAGAGCUAGCUUACAGUUUGAGGAAGCAACAGUGAGUGAUCUUCUUUAUCCUUCAACAAAAUCCUCUUCUGAAAAGAAUUAUUAUGAUAUAGAGUUAGUUCUAGCAGUGUUGGAAACUUUCUUGAAGCUUUGGAAAAGAAUGUCCCCUAAUGCUGUGGAUAACAGCUACUUUUUGAGAUCAAUCAGAAACGUCGGAAAACUCGUAGAUUCCUAUCUUCAAGUGGUUGCUAGAGAUGAUAAUAUGCAAGUUUCAAAGUUUGUUUCCCUUGCUGAAACUGUGCCGAGCAUUGCUCGAGUAGACCACAAUGAUCUUUACCAGGCAAUUGACAUCUAUCUUAAGGUGCAUCCUGACCUUAGUAAGGCAGAGAAGAAGCGCUUAUGUGGAAUUCUAGACUGCCAAAAACUGACUCCAGAAGUGCGUGGCCAUGCAGUUAAAAACGAGCUUCUGCCAUUAAGAACUGUAGUGCAGCUUCUCUACUUUGAACAAGAGAAAGAUUCUAAAGCAACCACAAGCCAGAAACUGCUAAAACAACAUGAGAUACUUCUAGGAGCAAAACAAAGACCAACUACAAGAGACAGCCACAACAAGCAAUCUUUAGGCCCAGAGUUCAAUGGAGAUGUCGCAAGAACAACACAGAUUCUUGAAAAUAGAGAAAAGGAACAUAACAGAAAUAAUAAAAGAAUGGAUGCUAAUUUGCCAUUAGACUUGGAAAAAAAGAUGGUAAUAAGAGGAAGAGACAAUGAAGAGACAGAGUCAGAAAAGGUGAGAGGAGUCAAAGAUGAAAGUAGUUCAAGCUUCAAGAUGGAAUUUGAUCCUAAGAAAAUCAUAAGAAGGGCAAGAAGUAAAUCAGAACGUAGCAUGAAAAGGGCUGAUAGAGAAAAAUAAUUAAUAAUCUUUGAAGAAUUCAGAGAAAAUCACAGUUCAAACCUCACCAUCUUCUAUUUGUAGCUUCAAUUCUUAUUAUUUCUUUUUUAACUAUCAUAAAUGGAACCAAUGUAUAAAUAAUCCUUGUACUGUCUUUCUCUUUGAGUUGUAUCUAGGAAAUUUUUAAAAUAUAUUUUUUACGUUAUUUAUGUUUGAGAGGAAAAAAAAGACAGAACAACUUGUAGUGUAUUGUGAGGAUAUAUCAUUUACUAUGAAGUUAUUUGUGUA